AUGUCGAAGAAACCGCGGUUAUCCCGCAUCUUCUCCACCACUUUAUUUACUGUUUUAGCUUUUGUCCUUUUCGUUCUGACGCUCCUAACCCCAGGGGAUAUAAUCUACCAAUCCUUCAAUUCUCGCCGGCUGGGCAACAUAUUCAUUGUCAGUGGUGUUUAUAUUAUAACACUGCUUCUGGCUAUGCUGGUUUAUGCCAGCCGUAUUUUUUCAAACCGGAGUGUUCUUUCUGGUAUCCCCAAGCCUUGGGUCCCAGUGGAAAAACCUGAUGUCCCCAAGAGUGUACGAAGACUCGUUGUUGAAGGCCUAACCAGGAGUGCCAUAAUUGCUCAGCAAUCACGGCCAAGAGACAGGACUGGAGAAGACAACAGCGGGUUGAAACCCAGCUUGACCAUUCCUGCUACAGGAACGCCGCCCUGGGGACAUAUCUCACACCCUGGCUGGACCGCCCCUGACUGUCCAGAUAUGCCUAGCCAAGAAUUCGAGCCCGUGAUAAGGGAGCUUCCCCAUCUUAUAGAGGCAAAAGCAGUAUCUCUUGCUCCUCUGGAUCCUCGUCACCUCAUCGCUGGCGACCACAACACUGAUCAAUCCGGCGAAUAUCAAUCAAUUCCGGAUUCCCGGAUAGUCGAAAUACUCAGGCGACCACGUAACAUGUGCCUACGUGACUAUAUCAGUCAUCUAACGAAUCUCAAUCUCGUAAACCCUCCAGAGCUGGGCCGCUCAUUUACCCGUCUCUACGAGCGCGGCAGGUUCGCCAACAUGCCCUUGAGAGAGCCGGAAUUCAGGUCCCUUACUACCAUGUUUGCAGAGCUCCUGCGAGGCAUGACGGCCCUCGAUCGGGAUAUCGUUGCAGAAAUCCAAUCAGAGAACUCUGUCGACGGCACGGAACCAGCCAGUUCAGUCUCAAGCCAUAUAAACCCCCUAAACACCAUGUCCGCAAGCUCCAGCGUGUUCUUGGCGUCCUCCAGUCGAUCCGGCUCCAAUAUCCAAAACGGCCAGCGCAGACACUUCCGCCCCUCCAGCACACCCAAGAGUGGAUCCUUUAAUCUCGAUAGGUCUAGUGAUCACCAAAGCUUGCGUUCUCGCAGCAGUGGAACGCCGUCUCUGCAAAAUUUGCGUCCCAAAACCUCCAGCUCCAAUUUUUCGGCUUCUAGUGACGGUGAGAGUGUUAUUCAGCGCACGCAGUCGCAGAUAUCUCAAUUGAAUGCUACUGAUGUGAACACACCUGAGGAAUUUGCAGGAGCUGAAUGGCGGUGA